UGGUGUUUCGAGAGGUUUUCUCAAAACGGGCCGUGAGUCUGGGUUGGUUCGGGAAGAAGGGAGGAGGAGCACAUGCGCACCUGUACAGUCCUGUGCUGCAGACUGCACUGGCAACAUUGGGUGCCAGCAGAGAGAGAGGGAGCAGAAGUUCCGUAGUACAAAUACUGGUAGGGAGCUGGGACGUGAGGGAAGCGUUGCAGACGCUUUCUGAAGUUUUAUAAGGGGCAGCAUUUGCCAGGCACCGUUUGUUGCGGCCCUGGGCUCGUUAGACAGGCGGUAGUAAGCUUGUGAAGUGGCCCGGAUAUCUCAGUAAAUUUUUUGUUGUUUCUGACAAGCAAGUUUCUUGGUCACCUCUUGCCACAGAUAAGCAUAUAGGUUUCUCUGUGAUAAGGCACCUCAGACGUUCUGCAUCAGAAUCGUCCUUUCGAAAAGUGUUGGGAAACAAUGGCUAUGGCUGGAUCGGACCGGAUGGCGAGGCAGCCUGUUGGGCUUCUUUGGGACAUAGAGAAUUGCCCGGUGCCAAACGACGUGCGGUCUGAGGACGUGGCUGUUAACAUCUGCUUGGCGCUGAAGACACACCCGAUCGUCGGCGGACCCGUCACAGUGUUCUCUGCGUAUGGAGAUUUCAAUCAGUUCCCCCGAAAGCUGCGGGAGGGCUGCCAGCGCACGGGCGUGAAUCUGAUUGACGUGCCCAGCGGUCGUAAAGAUGCAGCAGACAAGGCCAUCUUAGUGGACCUCUUCUUGUUUGCAAUUGAUCACCCGCCCCCCUCGACUAUCUUCCUCAUUUCGGGCGACGUUGAUUUCUCAGCUGCGCUGCACAAGCUGAGUCAGCGAGGGUACACCGUUGUGCUGGCGCAUGGGGCUGGCACGGGGCAAGGCGUGUCGCUGGCGCUGUCCAAUGCCGCCAGCUGUGUGUGGCAGUGGCCGGCUCUUGCGCGGGGGCAGGGCUUGUUGCCGGCCCACAGUCCAGACUAUAGUGGGGAUGCGGGGCCUGCAUCAGGAGCACCGAAUGAGGGUUCUCCCCUUCCGCCCUUCUCCUUCCCCGGCAGCCCUGCCUUUACACAGACACCCCCUUGGGUACGGGGCACUGCGGCACGCCACCCGUCUCGCACCUGGAUCGGUCCGCAGCCAUCAAACGCACCCCAGCAGCGGCUCAUUCCGACUGCUGCUCUCCUCCGCUCCGCUUCAACGGUUGACGGAUCGCCCCCGUCAGGCGCGCCUUUCAACGGACACCCUGCCCAGAGCGAGGGCCUUGCGGCACCCCAAGGGGAUCUUCCUGAGGGAAAUCCGAAGACAAAUCCCUUUCACCACAACCUCCUCAGCGAAGCAAAACGGGGUGGAGUCGCCUGGGCAGCAAUCGAGGCUGACUCUGGCAGGGGGUACGUACUUGAGGGCAGUGAGAAGGGGAGACCACAGCCCGUGCGGAGCGUGCCUGAAUCGAGCGGUGACGGGGAGUGGGCGCGGCCGGGGGAUUUGCAGGGGCUGAAGGCGCAGCUGGUGGACCUGCUGUCACGCAACGGGGGGCCGCUGGACCUCGUCAAAGUGCCCACCGAGUAUCGCAAGGUGUAUGGCAGGCCCCUCUUCCUGGCCGAGUACGGCGCGCUGAAGCUGACUCACCUGCUGGUCCGCAUGGGCGACCCGAUUGCUGUCUCCGGGUCGGGGCUGGGCAAGAAGCUGCACUUUGUGCGCACCCGGGGUCCCCGCCCCUCCCAUGCGGCGCGCCACCCGCCCCAGCCGCAGGCCCCCGGGUUCUCGUCGGAAGAGCUCUCGUCUUCAGGGGAGGGGGAGGAGAACGAACAGCGGGCAGUGGGAAACGGGGCCGGGCAAUUGAUGGAGAAAGUCGGAAAGCAAGCGGCAGCGGAGACUCAGAAAGAAAGGGUACACGCGAUCGCACCAACUGUUUCCAAGGAAAGCUCGGAGGGCGGGCAGAGGUUAGUGAAGGAGACGGGAGGUGCAGGCAGCACAGUGGGGGUGGCGAAGGUGCAGUUAGGACGGGAGGAGGACGACCUUUUGGGGCCUUUUGUUUCGAUGCAGCCGUCGGAAAAGUUGGCAAGUUCGAUCCGCACGGGGUGGAGAGAGAGUGACCGCGACGACGCAGGACGGCGGCGCUCAGCGGAGCGCAUCGAUGUCGUGGACCUGCUGUCGGGGGAGGCGCUCGAGCCGCAAAGCGCGGAGCUGUGGAGCUUCGAGGAGGCUCCAGCGCCGGCGAAGGAAACCGACCGUUCGCAAGACGCAGGUCAGGACGCAAGCACAUCGCCGAUGGCUUGGCCGGCGCCGUCGGAAGAAAGCCCCCACGAAAGAGGAUACGAGAAUAGUCUGGCCGGUGCGCUAGUUGAAGACGAGGUCAGUGGAGGAAACAGUGAGGACGAGGAGCAGGCCGGGUGGCGGGUGCGGGCCCGGAGGGGCAGCUCGGCGCCGGCAGAGGCCGGGCCGGGACGGCAGCCCGCGGCGUACUGGGAGCUGCUCCGGAAGAAGGGGCAGGCGAGCGACUCGGGGGGUGAGCAGAAGCACGGGGGCGAGGCCAGGCGGUUGGUGCGGAGACGGGCCCCAGGCGACGAAGCGGGGGCAGUGGUGGUCUCUGAUGGGGACACGUCGCCUGGCACACCAGAGAUAGCGGAAAGGAGGUAGCGCGUCUAAAGUACAAAAGUGACUUUUGUCUGUAAGAUCUCCAGGCUGACGGCUGGAUCACCACCGUCACCCGGACGGUGAUCGAGGAUAACAAGCCAAGCUAGAAAAGACCAUGUGAAGUGAAGCUUCAUCAUUCGAGUCGCUCAAGCGAACUUGGUUUCUAUCAGCCAGCUUACAGUCGAUGAUUACGCCGUUGCUUUCACUGGUGGACGGGAAAGCAUUGUCAGGUCUGUGGCCAGUGUACAUUAAGCCUUGUACAGUGCGGACCAUAGUAGCAGCGCCCCGGGAGGCCUGGAACAUAUGUACGUGUCAAAAUGAAGCCUGCGGCUAUAUCCUGUCGAG